AUGAUAUAAAAAUAAAAGUAAGAAGAAUUUAAUAAAAAGUUUUUUGGGAGGGCAAAGAAGGGGAUGUUGUAAAGAUUCUUUUUUUAUGAUCGGACCCUAAAUUAUAUUGAAAUUCCAAUUUUCACAGAAUUUAGUGGUCGUAAAUAAAUAGUUCCGAUGAGAAAUACAUAAUGUUUAAAACCGACUUGUAUAUAUGAUAUAGAGGAAUUGUAUUCUAGAUAUGAGAAAUCGAAUUAUUCAAGUUAUGCAAACUUUAUGUGUCAUACUUGUAGAAAGAUGAUUGAUUUAUAGGGUUUUUAUAUGGAUGAAGAUUUGAGGAGGAUUAUAGAAGUGAUUUGGAAUACCUAUAAUAAAUUUAGUUUUUAAUGUUCAAAAGCAGCUAUAUUUAAAGAUGGUUCAUGGGAAGCAGUACUUCCAGAAUAUUUGAAGAGGAUGUAUCGUAAGAAUGUAGAGGAAUAUGAUGUGAAAUAAGAUAAUGAUGAUGUUAUUGAUUAACCUGAAGAGAUAAUAUAAUUUGAAUUACCAUUAUUACAUGAGUUUGAUGUUUAGGAAUAUGCAGAAUUGUUAGAAUAAGAAGAUAGAGGAGAUGAAAGACAUCAUGAUAGUGAUAUAAUAUUGAGACGUUAUAAUUUAUAAGUUAAAUGGGGAGAGUUUGCAUAAUUUAAAAAUCAAGUUGUAGUGUCUAUUAAUGUUAUGGGAAUAUUUAUGCGUUAUUUACAUGAUUAUUUAGAAGACAGAAAGAAUGCAUUAAAAAUGCAAGCUAAACUUAAAUUAGGUAUAUUAUGUAUUAAAGUUACAUCUUAUGAUCGUUUUUCAAAAAGAGCGGAAUUCUUUUUUCUUUCAGAUAAUUUAGAAGGACCUAAAGCAAAUUAUUCAGAAUAUGAAUAAGUCAUUAUAGCACUCUAUUAUGAUGAAAGAUGGAUUGCAUUAAUUUGUGAUAUUGNAAUAUCGUAAUAUGGGAAUUUAAUUAGUUUAAAUUAAAGAAUUAAUUAAAUUUAUCUAAAAGUAAUCAAAGGCAUCAAGUAUGUGUAAUGGUGA